GGGGUUAUACGAGGAAAAAGGCUUUAUUGUAGGAAGCGGCUAUUUUUAGGUUCACACAGCGCUCUGCGACAGCGCUCGCCCCCGCCCCAGGUUAAUUACCUUUGUCUCUCCGUGGGGCCGGGGCAGCCCCGCCGGCCCAUGGGGGACCCCGGCCCGCCGCCGGCCCCCAGCCGCAGCCCCAGCCCCGGGCCGCCGUGGUCCUUCCCCUCGCCGGCAGCCGCCUCCCGUUCCUCCUCCUCCUGCCCCUUCUCACCCACCGCGCCCGGUUCCUCCGCGCUGUUCCCGGCGCAUCCCCGCGGCGCGCAGGAGGAGCGGCCGCCGGCGGUGACACAGCAGCAGCCGGGCGGCGAGAGGCUGGGCAGCGGCCCCGCGCCGGGACACCCCCCUCCCGGCCACCCCUCCUCCGACUUUAAACCCGCUCUCGGCCCCCAGCAGGAUUUAAACAAGCAGCAACCGCAGCAGCAACCGCCGCCUCCUCCUCCGCCGAGCCAGAAGAGGAAAGAGUUGAAGCCGCCGCCGCUCAGCCCAGCCCAGCUCGGCGGCAGCCACCCCCCCGACUAUCAUCGCCACCCCCCUCAGCAGCAGCAGCAGUUCAGCCACCCCACUGACAAGUACCAGCAGCAGGAGCGCAGGCAGCAGCAGCAGCUCCAGCUCCUCGGCGCUCGCCCCCCGGAGCCGCCGCCGAGCCUCGGGCCCCUCAGCGCCGCCGAGCGCCGGCCGGGCUCGGAGCGGGGCGCCCCUUCCCGCGCGGGGGGACCGGCGCCCGCCGACCCCGAUGUGGGGGUGGCCGCCGCCGCCUCCUGCGUGAAUCCGCCGCCGUCUCCUCCUCGUCCGCAGGCGAGAGCCGAGCCGCCCCCCAUGGAGUCCCCCCCGAACAGCCACUUGCUGGGCAGCCCCGGGACCCUCCUGCCCGGCGGGCUCGGCUCCGGCUUCAGCAGCCUGCAGAGCCCGGAGAUCCCCAGCCCCCAUCACCAGAGCGGGGGCGGCUCCUCCUCGGCGGCUUCCCCUCCUCCUCCGCCGCUGCCCGGCUUCGGCACCCCCUGGUCGGUGCAGACCUCGUCGCCGCCUCCGCAGCAGACGCAGCAGCCUCCGGUCUCCAGCGGCGGAGGGCAGAUCAGCGCCAUGCCGCCGCCGAGCCCGGAGUCCGAGACCAGCUUCUACCCGGGGAUCCCGUCGUCCAUCAACCCCGCUUUCUUCCAGAGCUUCUCGCCGGUGUCUCCUCACAACCCCUGCGCCGGGCCCUUCAGCAGCCCCUUCUCGGCCGCCGCCCCCCCGCCGCCGCCGCCGCAGAUGAAUUUACCUCAGCAGCAGCAACAGCAGCAGAACCGGAGGUCCCCGGUGAGCCCGCAGCUCCAGCACCAACACCAGGCGGCCGCCGCCGCCGCCGCUUUCCUGCAGCAGCGGAACUCCUACAACCACCACCAGCCUCUUCUGAAGCAGUCACCCUGGAGCAAUCAGAGUAGUGGCUGGAGCACAGGAAAUAUAUCCUGGGGAGGAAUGCAUGGCAGAGACCAUCGUAGAACUGGAAACAUGGGAAUUCCAGGAACUAUGAACCAGAUCUCUCCUUUGAAGAAACCCUUUUCUGGUAAUGUCAUAGCUCCACCUAAAUUUACUCGCUCCACUCCAUCACUGACUCCAAAAUCUUGGAUUGAAGAUAAUGUUUUCCGAACUGACAACAACAGUAAUACUCUCCUUCCCUUGCAGGAUCGAAAUAGAAUGUAUGACAGUCUGAAUAUGCACUCUUUGGAAAACUCCCUUAUUGACAUUAUGAGAGCAGAGCAUGAUCCACUUAAAGGUCGCUUGAGUUAUCCACAUCCAGGGACUGACAAUCUUCUGAUGUUAAAUGGCCGUUCUUCCCUCUUCCCGAUAGAUGAUGGUUUGUUGGACGACGGUCAUAAUGAUCAAGUUGGAGUCUUAAAUUCACCUACCUGCUAUUCAGGUCAUCAGAAUGGGGAACGAAUUGAGCGUUUUUCUCGGAAAGUGUUUGUUGGAGGUCUUCCACCAGAUAUUGAUGAAGAUGAAAUUACCGCUAGCUUCAGACGAUUUGGACCUUUGGUAGUAGAUUGGCCUCACAAAGCAGAAAGCAAGUCCUAUUUUCCACCAAAAGGUUAUGCAUUCCUCCUAUUUCAAGAAGAGAGUUCUGUCCAGGCACUGAUUGAUGCCUGUAUUGAAGAAGAUGGAAAGCUCUAUCUAUGUGUUUCCAGUCCUACUAUCAAGGACAAGCCAGUUCAGAUCCGUCCCUGGAAUUUAAGUGAUAGUGACUUCGUGAUGGAUGGUUCCCAGCCGCUUGAUCCUCGAAAAACAAUUUUUGUUGGAGGAGUCCCUAGACCGUUAAGAGCUGUGGAAUUGGCAAUGAUCAUGGACCGUCUGUACGGUGGAGUUUGUUACGCAGGAAUUGAUACUGACCCUGAGCUGAAAUACCCAAAAGGUGCUGGACGCGUUGCUUUUUCCAAUCAGCAGAGUUACAUUGCUGCCAUCAGUGCUCGGUUUGUUCAACUUCAGCAUGGCGAUAUAGAUAAACGAGUGGAGGUAAAGCCAUAUGUGUUGGAUGACCAGAUGUGUGACGAAUGCCAGGGCGCGCGAUGUGGUGGAAAGUUUGCUCCUUUCUUCUGUGCCAAUGUCACUUGCCUGCAGUAUUACUGUGAGUUUUGUUGGGCAAAUAUCCACUCCCGUGCAGGACGUGAAUUCCAUAAGCCAUUGGUAAAGGAGGGGGCUGACCGCCCACGUCAGAUCCACUUCCGCUGGAAUUAAACAUGGUGAACCAGCAUCUACAGAAGGAAAGAAGGGUGCAUGUGGCUUACUGUGUUUGAAGAUACUGACAUGCAGAAGAAAUAAGUGCAUUCUUCUGCUUUUCACCCCAGCUAUCAAUACAUGCAUCUUUAUCAGCAGCCAAAACACUACAAGCCUCUUGUUUUUCACCAAAACCCUACAUCUCAGGCUUACUAAUUUUUGUGAUAUUUUCAUGUUAAAAUAAAAUGUUUUUUUGUAUUUUCUCCAAGUUAUUUUUAUAUGUAAAGUUAAAACUAGAUAUGAGAAUGUUUUUGCGUAGGGGCACACAGUCUGCUGCUAUAUUUAGUGGGUGAAGCGUGCACUUAUUUCUAAACAUGGGUUUUUAACUUCAAGAUCUGCCCCAGUAAUUUACCAAAGGUAGCAAAAUAGUGAAGAUGGAAUAUGUCUGCUACAAAAAGCUUAUUUUUAUUGUUGUUGCUAUUUUCAGUGUAUACAUAAACUAAAAAUUAGGGUUGAUUUUUUGCUCUCCAUUUUGACUUGCAAGAAAUAAUACCUCAAGAUAAUCUGAUUUAUUAGCUAUUUUUAAACAUUUUUAAUCACAAGCUGUAUUAGCUUUGCUGCUAUAUAGGUGUUAUGUGUAAUGCCACCUAUUAAUACGGGAUUGAAACGUUUAAGACACACUGCAUUACAGAUUAAAUGCAGGCAGCACAAUAUGGCUUAAACUGCCAUAGUUUUAGAAUGUGAAAAAAUUGCAUGUUUACUUACCUGUAUAAACCAUAUGCAUGCACUAGAACUAUUAAUUAACAAGAGGUGAGUUAUUGCAGAUGUUCAAAAAAGGCUCUCUUGAAACUAGGUAGCAUGAGCAAAUUUACAAAAUUUGUUACAGAAAACAAACUUGCAUGCAUUCUUGUGACUGAAGUAAAAAGAUGUCCUACAUGUGUACAAUAUGCAAAUUAGUUUUAGACUAGAAGUGCAGCCAUUUUGUGACCUGGUCAGUAGUGGAAUUCAAUUUUAUGCAGACUGGAUGUAAUAUUGUAAUCCCUGUGCAAUUUUGUGACGUGUGCUUCUAAUUAAUGUGGCGUGUUGUAGUAUAGAUACGAGUUUGAGUACGGAGCUAGCAUUUAACGAGUUCUUUUCAACCCCCUCGAUUGUUCACGGUUGAGAUUUCCUCUACAAACCAAAGAUGGCCAGCACACUGCUAACCAGUCACCAAAUGUGAAACCCACAGCAAAUACAUACAAAAAUACAUCAGAACGCGUAACGCUUUAGAAAUUAAAUCCGAGUAAAGUCAAAAUGGAGAAGGUGUAAUAUACGGCCGGCUAGUUGCAUAGCGAACUAGAUUUUACCUUUAAGACAACAGUGAAAUUUGGCUUAAAAUCUCGCUUACAUGUUUGACCUGUGUGCGUUGUGGUCUUCUGUCAAACUGGGCUCACUGUUGCGUGAGAAGUGGCUGCUUGGCGGUCGAGGACAGUGCUUUCAUUUUAAUGAAGGAGUUCUAGUGAUGACGUGGCUUGCAGAUUUCCAAAAACGCCGUUAGGACAGAGGCAAUAUCGAACUGAGCGCUGAGACAAGCGCCGCGGUGCUUGUGUCUCUCUCAGAGCGCCCUAAUGCAACUAGCCCCGCCCGGUGAAUGGAGCACGGCGAUUCUGCAGCCUGAGCGAGCGCUCGAUGGCAAAUGUGGAAGCGCAGAACUAAGAGCCCGAUGCUAGAGCUGAAAUGACGAGGGCGUUGCUCUCGGCGAUCCCUCGGGACAAUCCUUCGUGUAAGCAAAGUGUUGAUCUUCUCUUGGUUGUCUAUGGUGUGCUUUUUUGUACUGUACAACCUGUGGUUCAUGUCUAACUCUGCUGUUUUAUUGUGGUUGUGGUUCAAGUUUUUAAUGUUUAAAGUUGAUGCCGUUUUAAGAAGAGCUUUUUACUAAUUUAUUUGUCGAUGUUCCCUAUUUGUUACCUAACCAUAAUCCUCCAGAUUUUUUGGAGUAUUCUUUUCUAACCUUAACCCUGCCAAACCUUGAUCCAUUUUGACAUUUGUUAUGCACUAUUUUUAUAUCUCUGUGAGAGAUUUUUCCAACAGUCAGCUAUUUUAAGGCACACUUUUUUUGACUGAUGACAUCUCCUUUGCUAUACCUCAAUUUUUGGAAUUUAGAAAAGAAAUCGGUAGUUUUGCAAUGUUAAUGAUUUAGAUAUAAUUUAAUUCUGCAGAUUUUUUUAAACUUUAUUUUCAUAUUUUCUGCUUAACGUUGAAAAUUGAAGAGCCUUUAAAUAUAUUAAAUA